AUGUAUUCAACAAUGACAAAAGAGAUUAUUUGUAUGAUGGAAGACGAUAAUUUACAUGAAAAUAUGAUAGACUUUUGUCGUUCACAAUAUGCAAAUAAUCGUCAUGUCUUAAACUUGAUCGAUGAAUUCGAUCGAGAUUAUGCAUUGUAUUCACCGAUAACAUGGUAUACUCGAGAUGGUUUUCUGUAUAAAAUGCUCAAUAAAGCACUUCGUAUCAACGAUAUCAAGCCGCUUGUUUUACUUCAUAAUUAUAUUCGUCAUCUACAUCAACAAUUGAUAGAAUUACAACAACAAUCAAUUCAAAAAGAGCCAUUAAUUCUCUAUCGAGGACAGCAGAUGCCAAUAGUAGAAUUUGAAAAAAUUAAAAAUAAUAUCGGUGGUCUUCUAUCGAUUUCAAACUUCCUUUCGACGACCGCGAUUGUUGAUGUUGCUGGAAUUUUUGCCGGUCAUCCUUUGGAUGAUCAAACUAUCAGUUGCAUUCUUUUUCAAAUUUACAUUGAUCCGACGGUCAAUACAUUCCCUGUUGCUAAUAUUGAACGAUAUAGUUACUUUGGGGAAGGUGAGAAAGAAUAUCUCUUCUCGAUGGGUUCUGUCUUUCGAAUUGAAAAAGUGCAACAAAGAGAUGAGCAAGUCUGGUUGGUGCAUCUUACUUUGACCAGUGACAAUGAUUCAAUGUUGGCUGAACUCAAAGAAAGUCUAAAAUCAAAUAUUCUAGAUCAAAAUCCUCUAUUGAUGUUUGGAGGAUUACUAAUACAGAUAGGUGAAUACGAGAAAGGCGAAUAUUUCUAUUUGAUUGGAUUGACUAUGGAAAGUGAACCAUCACGUCUCGUAACAAUAUGGAAUCAACUCGGUAUUAUCUAUAGUCACUUGAAUCAAAUCGAUGAAGCUCAAAAAUGCUAUGUAGAGUUACUCCAAAUCAAACAAAAAUAUCUUGACAAAGAUGAUCCAGCAUUGGCUACUAUUUAUAAUAAUAUUGGCACUAUCUAUCACAAUCAAGGAAAUUCUCAGCUUGCUCUUGAACAUUUUCAGCGUGCACUUUCAAUACAUCUCGCGAAUCCCGAAUCGAACUAUGAAUAUAUUGCAGCUGAGUAUUGCAAUAUUGCGGCGAUCUUCAUUGAUCAAGGCAAUCUUCAAGAAGCAUUCCAAUGUCAACAACGUUCUCUUGAUAUUAAUCGGAAAUAUUUACCAUCCAAUCAUCCAUAUCUUGCUCAAUCGUAUUAUGCUUUGGCAAUGUCCUUAUAUGCAUUGGGUCGUUAUGAUGAGAUGUUCGAGUAUAUGCAAAAAGCAUUAUCUAUUGAUAAACAAUCUCUUCCUCCGAAUCAUCCUCAAACACAGUUCCAUGAAGAAAAUAUGAAAGCAGUUGUACAAAGAAUGUUCGAAAGAAUUGCCGCUGGAUCAAUUAUAAUUGACGAUAGCUGA